AUGCUCGCGUGGUUUGCAAACCCGGCCCGCAGCUCUGCAGACGCGGCGCGCUGCAGCAAGACGCUCGACCGGAAGCAGCGUCAGCGGGGGAAGGUCACGGACCGGGCGCGGCGCCUGGGGCCGGCGAACCUGUGGCGUCGCCGAUCCGGUCUCCUCCCGCGCACUUCACCCCCUCGGCAACCACCCGCCUGCGGCGCAGGCAACCCGUUGCGCACGGGCCCGCGUUGCGCAGGUCUGGUCGUUCCUCGCCCCGCCGCGCCGGUUGGCAGCACUGGCCGACGCACGAAACUACACGAGCCAGCAUCCCCGGAGCUGCGGCAGAAGGCGCCUGGACUCCGCCGGGUGAAGACCUGCGUUGAAGCUGCUUCUCUCCGCAACCGGCAGAAGACCGCGACCAUGUCGUUCCUCAAGUCCAUCUGGAAGAACAACAACUCCAAGCACAAGAAGCUGAGCGACGAGUGGCAGCUGGACGGCGACAAGGACUGCGAGCCCGACCUGCCCGCCGACGGCGUCAGCUACCUGGUCAAGUACCUGGGCAGCACGCUCAUCGAGACCCCGAGCAGCGAGGAGGCCACGGCCGAGGCCAUCAAGACCAUCAUCACCAUGGCGAAGGCUAGCGGCAAGAAACUGCCGAGGGUGGAGCUGUGCAUCAACUUGGACGGCAUCAAGACAGUUUAUCCAACCACACAGGACACGCACCUCGAGGUCUCCAUCUACAGGAUCUCCUACUGUUCUGCGGACGCAACUCACAGCCAUGUGUUUGCUUUCAUUGCCACGAACAGCAAUGAAACCAUGGAAUGUCAUGCCUUCCUGUGCCCGAAAAGAAAAACGACUCAGGCAGUGACUCUCACUGUCGCACAGUCGUUCAACACGGCCUACCAACUGUGGCAGUUGUCGCAGGAGACCGCCAGGAGUGAGUCUGCCCUCGGCCACACUUCCCGCUACGCCAGCCAGAAACAAGAUGCCAUCAAUGCCAAACUGAACAGCAGCUGCAGUCGACCUGCAGAAGUCAAAAAAUAUGAGCCCCAGACGAGACUGAUGGACAAUGAAACCCAUCAUGACAGCAAGACGAUGCUGAUUGAUCUCUCGUCGGAAGAUGACUCCCUGACAGACAACGGCAAUUCUUGGGUAUCGUUUGAGGAUGACUGGCCAGAGACCAUGAAUAGCAAUUUUGCAAGGUUGACCGCCUCCCAGAACUUGUUCACGACGAGCUCGCCCCAGCACCAGCGGGAGGUGCUGCAAGCGGGCGGCUGCAGCGGCUGGGGCGACGGGCCAGUCGGCUGGGGCCAGGCCCGCUCCAUCGACCUCCUGUGCCAGUAGGAGCGGGGGGACCGCCUCCUCACCUUAUCCCUCCCCCUCACCGCCUCUUGUGCCGGGAGCGUCGCCGAGUGCACGCGGCCUCGCCGCUUUGGGUCGCCAGUUCGGGCGGGGAAGAGCGGUGAGACGAAGCGGGGCGUCGGCGAAAAUCACGGGAAAGUCGAGGAAGUUCCAGGGUUCCAAACUCUGGAAAAGUCACGGGAAUCCCCCAAUGACAGAAAUUUGAGAGGAAAAUGACGUGCUCCAGUCUGCCAACACCCAGAAUACGAAAUAAUUUUUUUUUUCUUUCAAGUGGUGUUUUAGUGCUAAUGCAAGGUUCUGUUAAGUAUAGAAGUAAUUAAGAAAGUGGAGAGAACAAACACUAGGUCAGCUAUGGAGACACCCUGUGAAAGAUUUCUGCAGAUUUUUUUAGUGAAUCAAGGUAGAAUUAAUUUGAUUUGUACACAGCUGAAUUAACAUGUUUUUUUUGAAAGCCUGCUUUAAAAUAUUCUAUAAAACUAUGAAACAAAUGUCAAAAUUUACACUGAAGUCAAUUUUGCAUAUACAUCGUUCACCUAUUUCAGUGUUAUUAAUGGUUUGAAACUGUGUUACUAUAUUGUAUAUUAUUGUCCUUUAAUUGCCUUCUUUGGGUUUUUUUAGUCCAAUUUUUUAUUUGUAAAAAUGUUUAAAAAGAGACUAAACAACAACUUUAGUGGUUUCAUUUUUAUCUAGCAAUGAAAACAUUGAAAAAUGUAUUUAUUCUAAGAGACAAUGAUGGCAUUGCCUAUUUCAUAACAACAAAUUGUAAAUUUGAACAUAUUUGUAGGAAUUUUAAAGUUAGCAAAUAGCAUUUGGUAAAUAUCUGAGGGUAAAAUUUAAAACAUAACAUUGAAUGCAAGACUCUUAAGAGUGAGAAAUUAGUUUGCGUUGGAAAACCCUUAAAAACAAUAUAAAAAAUUAAGCAAAAAUAAAAUAACUCAAAUUGCAGGAUGGUAUUUCAGGGCAAAUUUGCAGUUUUACAUUCAGCAAUAUCAGAGUUGAAUAACGGACGGUUUUAUCUUGUCUCGUUACAGAGCCGUUGAGUUCAAGAGUUUUCAGAAUAUGCGAGCAUUGUGUCAUGCUAGCUUAGUAUUUAUUCACAAAAUUGUUAUUUUAUGGAAGCACAAGUAGCUAGGUCCUUCUACACAGGGACAUAACUAGAGGGGGCAGCCGGGGCUUGUGCCCCGUGCACCGAAUUAAGGGGGGCGCUAAACCAGCAGAGUAACUUUUACCAUAGAUAUUCAUUUGAAUAACAUAGCUUCAUAGUGUUAGAACACAAAAAAAAAAAAAAAUAUGGAGGGAAGAUGAACAGAAUUAUUUGUAUUGAAAGAUACAUGCACGUCAUACCGUCAAAUAUUUACAAAAAUUGGAAUUUUUCGCACACUUUCCAACUUGCGAUGUAUUGAAUAUGAAAUGACUGAAAAUAAAUAUAUUUUUUUAUCUUCAAAGUUAAAUAACAAAUAAUAUUAAUAUGUGGUGGCAAUAUGAGGUGGUGUCGGGAAAAAGUUUUCGGUUGGUUGGUUUGAAAAAAAUGAAGCGCCAAGAUGAGUUCUUGCCCAGGGUAGAAACUGUUCUAGUUAUGUCCCUCUGCUUCUACAGGAUAUCAGAUGGGUUAGAUCAACUGGCAAUGGAUUUAGCAUUCAUCCAGCCAAUUUUCAGAAUUUUCCUGCACAGGUUCACAAUAAUGCACCCAUCAGAGUACUGGUAGUUUGUUGAUGGCAGGUUUUUUAAAAUUUAUUUUCACAUACUUACAGCAUAUAAAUGCAUUUUCUUCAUUAAAUCACAACCAAGUUUGAAGAUACUCUGUAUGUAUUUUUAAUAAAGUAUGCUACUUAACCGUUUUAAUUUUAAAUUAUUUGUAUUUCUCCACUGUAUUGUUACAUCAUGUUUGAUUAAAAUUGAGCUUUUAAGUGGUAUGCAUACAGUGUGACACCUUGAUUUAGAACAUCAAGUUAAAGGAAAUAUAUGUUAGAUUUGAACUUUCUGGAAAAAACUGAAACAGAUUUUUAAUCACAUCUUUUCUGUACUUUUCUGCCAAAUUUGUGAGCCUCUAAGCUUUUGCAACAGGACGUCUUAAUGCUUUCACAUUUGCAACUCUGAAAAACACCAUGUAUACGUAUGGCUAUAUUCAGUCAUAAGUUGUUAAGAAACUACAGUGUAUUUAAAAACUUUAUUAUUAGUGUCAUCAGUGCAACUAGGGUAUUUUUGAAAGCAUUUAAAAAGUAUAUUGUGAUAACAUUUAAUCUGUGUAAAUGUUCUUUUGUAUGGUGUGCAGUGCUUAAAAAUUGAUGUUUUAGAUGCUUGUAUGUACAAUGUGCCAACAAUUGACUGGGAAGAGUGCUUGAAAUUUUUACAAUUUUAUACAACCAUUCACCACACAAAUUGGCAAUUGUUUUAAAAGUUUUACAAAUUAAAAAAAAAAUGCUAACCAAAUUUUACUACCUAAACUAAAUUUUUUAACUAGAGUUCAAAUACUUAUGCAUAGACUUAAAAUACCCUAAUAAAUUUAGUAAAGUAUCAAUGUUUAAGUAGUCAAUACAUUCCAUUCCAUUGGAAAUUUUUUAUCAUUUUAAAAAAUUUUCUUAAAUUUACUGCUGUGUACUAAAAUAUUAUUAUAUAUUUUUGAUUACCAUUGUUGUACAUUGCACUCAAAACCAUACCUACCAGAGUACCUUUAACAUGAGAUAUUUAAUAGGUACUGGUACCCAUGAUUUGCUGAUUGUACGUACGCCUGUCAGGCUGACGGAUGGAAAUAAAUGUGGAGGGAGGCAAUCAUGAAUUUAUUUGCAGAUUACAAUUUUUGCUGAAGGGCAGAGGAACUCAUAACUGAGAGGGAAUAACUAUUUAAUAUGCUUCUCAUUUGAUACUUUUAUUGUUCAACUGUUUGCUUAUGUUAAGCACAUGUGUUGUCAAAUGUAUCAAAUAGCACUUAUUCAAGAUGAUAAAAGUUAUGAUUUAUAAACCAUGUUUUAUUGCCUGUUCAUACAUUCUUAUUUAUGUGAUGUUAUUGAUAUUUACAUGUACCUACCUUAUGUAAAUAUUUGCUUGCUAUUGUAUGUGAUGUAAUUAAUUAUUAAUGUAGAAUGGUAUUAAUCUUUAGUUUGUGAGUUGUGGCCAGAAUAUCUAGAUUUGUCUAAUUCUGAAAACUAAAAUCAGGAUUUUUUUUUAAUAUAAAACCAUGAUAGAUGAAAUAUUCAAGUGGUGAUCAUUUAUAGUACUGAGAAUUUUUUCUUGGAAUGUUACAAAUCACUUAUUGUAAUUUGUUGUGGCAUAUUUCCAGGUUUUAUUAACUUUUGUAUGACAACUUUAAAUGUGUUAUUUAUUAAUGUAUGAACUCAAAAUGGCAUUUUGAAUUAGAACUUUUUUUUUAACAACUAGGCAUAUUUUUGUAAUCUAUAGGAAAUGUAUAUUUGUGUUCAAAAUGUUUUAUUGGAAUAAAAUAUUUGAACAAGU